CAAAAGUAUUCUUACCUCAAAAUAGAAUAUGAUUACUACACGUACACAAUAACAGUUCCUUGAGCGAUCCAACUCAGAGGACGGUGAUUCACUAUUUCAAGUAAUUCAUUGAAUAAGAGUGCAUAGAUGAUAGGAACCUCGGAACUGAUUAAUCUUAAUAGGAAUUUUACUACGGUUGAAGAGAGCAGAAAAAUAAAAGAGAGCUGGAAGGAGAGACAAGCUUAGAAUUGGAUGAGCCCUUUUCCAUCCUGCAAAAAGUUUCAACCAAUAUCAUGGGAGAAUACAAUUUUAUCCAAGGAAUAAGAAAAGCCAGCAACAUGUAGUGUACUGCUCGAUCACUAAGUCACUCCCAGAGUAGAGCUGAGAAGAAAACUUUACUCUAAGGUACUGCUACUUUUUUUGCAAUGGCAGGUCAUACGUUCAUCUUCUUUAUCAUUUUUCUUCCUUUUAUGCAUUUCUCUGCAGCUUUGAAACUGUAAGGCAUAAUUCUACAGAGUAUGAAGAUGAGCCUAACUAAAAAGAAUGGUGUUUUAAGUAAGUGGGACUCAAGGGACAUCACUCCAUGUGAGUGGUAUGGUGUGAGAUGUAACUCCGAUUAAGAAGUUAUAAAACUUGUUCUAGCUUGCACCAACCUCACCGGAACUAUUCCCGGAGACAUUGGAGGUCUUAUUCCACUGAAGUACAUAAACCUUAGUGAAAUAAGCUAUCUGGUGAUAUUUCUAGAGAAAUAUGUCACCUGUCAGAUCUCCAAUAGCUUGAUUUGAGCUCCAACAGAUUAACAAGGUCUAUCCCUUAUGAAAUCGAAUUCCUGAAAAAGCCAACCUUGUUAAUUCUAUGUGACAACUAGUUGACUAGACCUAUACCAAAUACAUUCACGAUCCGAAAACUUAGAGAUAUUUCGAACUUGUGACAACGCCUACCUCAAAGGUUCUCUUCCUCCACAAGUUGGACAGCGUAAGAACUUGACCAUUUUAGGUCUUUCAUGUACCCAUCUUUCAAGGACUUUACCAUCAUCUCUCGGGCAAAAUCCCAUAAGAACUUGGUGAAUUCAUUUCUUUGAAGAACAUCCAUCUCCACAUGAAUGCUCUCACUCGAUCAAUUUCAGCUACUUUAGGUAACCAAAGUAACCUUGAAACACUUUUGUUACUUUCGUUUUGGGAUAACAAGUUUGUUGGUGACAUUCCUUAUGAACACAGUCACCAAUUGCAAAUAAUUGAUAUUUUCAACAACUCCUUAAUCGGUGUCCCCGACAGUUUAGGGAACUUACACAUUCUAAAAGAGCUUUCUUUAAAUAUGAACUUGUUAUCUGAUCCCAUGCAUUCUUAUAUAUGUAAUUCUACAAGUUGGAGCAUAUAGAGCUUUCAGAGAACCGAUUAUCCGGUUCGAUACCGGUUGGAAUUUAAAAAACGUUUAAUCUAAAGGUCUCUUGUAUCUGUGGAGGAACUAGUUUGAGAGACACAUUUCGUCAAACAUUUCACCAUGUCACAGUCUAUAAUAUAUUGACUUAUCUUAUAAUGCAUUCACUGGUUCAAUCUCCAAAAGCUUUUUCCAACUUCGGGCCCCGAAUGUCAUGACACUGAUAUCCAAUAAACUUUCCAGAGCCCUACCACCGGUAAUGGGUAACUGUUCCUCGCUUGUUUGGUUCUGUGCUAUUUAGAAUAAACUGUCAAAAUCCAUAUCGUUGGAGAUAGGUAACUUGGUGAUUUAAAAUUUCUUGGAACUAGAGUUGAAUAGACUCACUGAAAUUAUUUCGACUGAAAUACAUAGAUGCAAGAACCUAAUGUUUAUUGACCUCUACUCCAACUCUAGUUUGAGUGCGAUUCCUGACCAAUUGGGAGGGAUUUUUUAUGUGAAGGAACUUGAUCUUUCAGAUAAUUUGAUCGAAGGUAUUUUAAGUCCUAAUAUGGUGUUAUUAAGCUCACUCAACAAAUUGAUUUUAGGACGAAACCGGUUUUUUGGCUCAAUCCUGACACAACUUUGCAUGUGUUUGAAGCUUGAAUUGAUUGAUUUAAGUAGGAAUCAGUUUUCCGGUUUGAGUAAAAUUCUAGUUCUAGCAAUUUCCUUAAAUCUGAGCUGGAAUAGACGUUCAGGUUUAAUUCCAAGGGUAAAAAACUUUAAUAGGAGUAAAACAAGUGACAUGAACGUAAAUAGGAGUUACAGUCUCCAAUUUACGUUCAUGGUACUUUUUUUACUCCUAUUGAAGUGUUUUUGCCUUGGAAUUAAACCGGAAUGUCUAUUUCAGCUCAGAUUUAAGGUAAUUGCUAAAACUGGAAUUUUACUCAAACCGGAUGGACUGUUGCCGGAAAACUUAUUCCUACUUAAAUCAAUCAAUUCAAGCUUCGAACACAUGCAAAGUUUUGCCCGGAUUGAGCCGAAAAACCGAUUUCAUCCUAAAAUCAAUUUGGUGAGUGAGAUUAAUAACCCCAUAUUAGGACUUAAAAUACCUUCAAUCAUAUUAUAGAUCAGGUUCCUUCAAACAAACAUUCCCUCCCAAUAGGUCAGGAAUCGUACCCGAAAUAGAAUUGAAGUGGAAGUCGAUAAACAUUAGGUUCUUACACCUAUGUAUUUUAGUCGGAGUAACUCCAGUGAGUCUAUUCAAUCCCAAUUCUAAGAAAUUUAAAUUCUCCAAGUUUCCUAUCUCCCACGCUAUGGAUUCUGACAAUUUAUUUUGACUAGUUCGGAACCAAACAAGCGAAGAGCAGUUACCUAUUUUCGGUGGUAAGACUCUAGAAAGGUUGUUGGAUAUCAGUGCCACUACAUUCAGGGCCCGAGUUGGAAGAGGCCUUUGGGGAUUGAACCAGUGAAUGCAUUAUAAGAUAUGUCAAUAUCUUGUAGACUGUGGCAUGAAGAAAUGUUUGACGGAGUGUGUCCCUCAAACUGGUUCCUCCACAGAUACAAGAUCUUUAGAUUAAACACUUUCUCAGUUCCAACCGGUAUUGAACCGGAAAACUGGUUAUCUAAAAGGUCUAUAUGCUCCAAGCUUGUAGAAUUACAUAAAUGAGAAUGCAUGGGACCGGAUAACAAGUUCAUCUUUAAAGAAAGCUCUUUUAGAUUGUGUAAGUUCCCUAAAUUGUCGAGGAUACCACCCGUUAAGGAGUUGCUAGAAAGAUCAAUUCUUUGUAAUUGGUGGCAGUUUCCGAGCUCAUAAGAAAUGUCACUAACAAACAUGUUCUCCCGCAACGAAAGUGUUUCAAGGUUACUUAGAUCACCUAGAGUAGCCGAAAUUGAUCCAGAGAGAGCAUUCCUGUGGAGAUGGAUGUUCUUCACAGAAAUGCAUUCACAAGUUCCGAUGAGAUUUUUCCAGAGAGUGAAGAAGAGUAAAGCUCUUGAAAGACGGGCAUAUGAAAGUCCUAGGAUGGUCAAGUUGUUACAUUGUCCAAAUUGUGGAGGGAGAAAACCCCAGAGGUAAGUGUUACUACCAGCUCGAAAUAUCUAUAAAUUCUCCAGAUCACCAAUGGUAUUUUGUAUAGCUCCAACCAAGUGGUUGUCAUAUAAAGUUAACAAGGUCAGUUUUUUCAGAAAUCCUAUUUUAGAAGGUAUUGUCAGAUUGGAGCUCAAAUCAAACUGUUGAAGAUCUCGCAAGGGACAACUUCCUCUAGGAAUAUCACCGGAUUGCUUAUUCCCGCUAAGGUUUAUGUACUUCAACAAGGCCUCCAAUGUCUCCGGGAAUAGUUUGGGUCAGUUGAGGUUGGUGCGAGUUAGACCAAGUCUUAUAAUUUCAUUAUAGGAGUUAGAUCUGACUCCAUACCAACCACACAAGGUGAUGUCUCUUGUGUCCCAAUUACCCAUAACACCAUUGUUUCUGAUUAAUCUCAUCUUCAUACUUGGUAGUAUUCUGCCCUUGCUGAUUCAAAGCUAUAGACAGAAGCAUAAAAGGAAAACAAAAGAUAAAGAAGAGAAAGGUAUAAAUUGCCAUUGUAACAAAAAAUAGCAGUGUUUUAUAUGAAUUGGAAUAAACUCUGUACAGAGGAAAGCUCAAGAAAUAGUGCUCAUGAAACAGAUGAAAAUGGAUUGGAUUCCAUAUAUCCCUUUGGACAAUAGGACUUCAGGGGUUCUCAGAUUGAAAGACUCAAAUCCCAAAUUUUUAUUUUGGGCUGUACACAAAGAAGGUAUGUGGUGUUGUGCAUUCAAAUCCUUUAUAACCUAAUAAUUAUUUUGUGCUGGUUUUACGAGCAUCCUAUUGUUGGGGCACCUAGAAUGCCUUUUAUAACCUAUUAAUUGGUCCAGAGGUUUAUGGUCCACCAUUGAGGUUCUCUUAUUUGUCCCAACAAUUGUUGUAAUUGUGGGCUUCUAUCUUGCAGUCAACUUUUUAAUUAAAUCGUCUUCAUUGUCUUCAUAGAGCUGGCUUAAAACAUUUGAAGUUGGAGCGUGUGAAGAAGUUUGAGUUUUGCUUACCAUGUCAGUGAAUAAUUUUACCUUGCUAGGUAUGUGCAUUUUUGCUAAUCAAUGGCAGUAUUUUAGUGAUGCAUUUCCUUGGAUGUACUCUGCUUUAUACUUGGGAUGGGGUGUAUUUUUUUUUUAAAUAUCACUGAAUAAAGGUUUCUAAUAGAAUAUGCAUUUUCUCUCUGAGUUCAUGAUAUGCAUUUUAUAGAUAUGCAUUCUAGAUGACAUGGAAGUUUAUUGUGCCUUAUGAGACUUAAUUGAACUUAUUUUAUCAUUCAUCCAGUGAAUUUUGAUACUUGCUGAACUUUGUUCUUUUCUUGUUUUGUUUCCUUUUUAUUUAAAACAUGCACAUGAGUCAUAGUUUAUUAAAUGUAAUUCUCAAGGAAUAAUGACAUGCUGGGAUAUCCAGCAUAGAGCUUCAGUAAACAAUUCAUAAUAAUCAAAAUUUGGGAGUUGUUUUUCAAUAAAUUGAUGAUUCAAGAUGAUAAUAUUCAGGAUGUUCCAAAAAACAGCAUUACUAGACUAAGAGAGUAAGAUUAUAAAUGUGAGCUUAACUCUUUCGGUCAUAUGAUCAUAAAAAUGGUUCACAGAUGUAUGGUUUCACCAGUAAGAUUAUAAAUGUGAGCUUAAAUCCAUUUCUUGAAUUCAGUACUUUUUCACUGAUAUUUGGUACUCACUGUGGAGCUAUGUGCUGUUAGUUUGUGCAUAUAGCCUCAACGGGAAGUCAACUCACAAAUGUCUAAAAUUUUCACAGAUUUCUACCACCCCUUCAAGGAAGAUGAGUUUGAACAGAGCACCAUUGUUCCUAUUUACCCAAUAGACCCCAAACUUUUACGAUUUGUUUGUAUUGAGAAGUCUAAAACAGAAUUUCCUUCAGAGUUCAGAUAUUACAAGAUACGUUCACUAAAAUAUUUUCUCGUUUUAUAUUUGGGUACUCGAUGAACUUGAGGUAAACUACUAAUCUUUUGUCAUCCUUCCCUCCCACAGUUUGUGAUAACUCCAGCACUUGCUGGGUUAACAAUGUGGACUGUCAGGAAGUCACCUAAAUGUGAUUUUAUAUUAAUCACAUAUGUCAUAGUGCCAUGUAAUACCUGCUUUAGGUAUUUUUUAGUAAAUGAGUAAAUUGCUAGUAUAUACUUUAUUGUUAAUGUUGAAACUGUAAAAGGUUACAAGUGUUGUGGUCACUAUCAUCAACUUACCUGUUUGAUAAUGGGAUAUACUCAAUAGUGCUUGCUUGGUCCGGCUGGUAUUCUGGGAAGGAGCUCAUUAUGGCCUAAAAAGCUCAUGAAGAGAAAGCAUUUUUGUGAUCUAUGAAAUUGAUUUAUAAUAGUUCCCUUAUGUCUCAUUGUAUAUCAUGACUUUGUAAAGGAAAAUGUCCUUGAAGCCAAAAGGGAAAACCGCGAGGUAUUUGGUUAAAUGUUCUUGAAAACCUCACCUCGCAUAUUUUCGAAGAAAACAUUAUAUCUGGUUUGUCUCAUUGCACUGACCACAAUUUCGAUUUUGUACCAUAGGCAAGGUAAGCCCGGAAAAAGGCAAUAGCAGAAAUGAGUGAAGAAACAAAAGCUGCAUUUGAAAAGAUGGUAGUCUACAAGUUCUACAAGUUUUAUCUUCCCUUGUAUGACAUUUAUCAACAACAUAAAGUUGAGAUCAUGUAACUAGUACACUUAAUGACCAGUUACAUGUUGGCUUCAUGACUUAAACAUUUGUGUUUCGUGUUGUUUUGGGUUAAAAAAACUCCAACAAUUAAAACUUCAAAUUUUGUUUUCAC